CGUGGAGAGGACGGUGGCUUAGCUGAUUUGACCUGUAACUUUCUUGCCUCAGCACAACACUGCUGCCAAAAAUUUGCGUGACUGUCGCCCAUCUGCUUUUUCACUCUUCUCAUAUCCCCCCACUCUAAAACCCUUAGUCGUAGCCAAGCACAUGCGGCGAGCUUUGCGUAUAGCCACCUCGCCAAUAGCCUGGCACGAACGGAAUAUCUUCUUGGAUGCCGGGCUACGCUGCAAUAUGACUUCAUUACCAAUACCCUCACGAACGACACCGAGUUCAUUAUCAUGUCAAGCAGUACGACGAAUUACAUCUUGUGGCCAUCCAUCACACUUAGUUCAUACCCGAUCCCUACACAAUUCUAACCAAGAAACCACAGAGCUUCUUCAAGAUAACGGCUCUACUUCACGACCUAUGAAUGCAACUCGAAGCAAGGCACUUCUAUUGUCCUCAUUUCACAAAUCGCUAGGUACCCAAGAUAUCGAUACAAUAUGGCCAGUGUAUCGUGCCAUGCAUCGUAACAAUCUUGCCCACCACUUGUCAAGGAGGGUUUAUCGCAAUAUAUUCCUGUAUACCAUUCAUGCAAAGGCAACCAACCAAAACCUUCAACGACUCUUGUACAUUAUUGGGGACAUGAAAGCACACGGAAUGAAACUUCGAUUAACAGAGUACAAUGCGCUCAUACGAUGGACGGGUGGCAAAACUGUUCCACGACCAAGGGAACAACAUUUAUCAGAAGCGCUGGCGCUUUUAGAUGAGUUGCAGCAACAGGGUUCAACAACCACGAGCUCUACGAUGAUUCUACCUUCUGGUAUCCAGCCCGAUGUGGUUACCUACAACACCUUGAUCAGCAUAGCAUGUAGUGUCUCGGACCUGAGGACAGCACAAAAGUUAUACCACGAGAUGAAGGCCAAAAACUUGCAGCCUAACAUUCGCACCUACACAUCCCUGCUGUCUGCUUUAGCACGAGUCCACGAUGUCAGCGCCAUGGAGACCAUGGUCGAACAGAUAAGGAAAAAGGGUAUUCCAAAUAUUGACAAUACAGUGACAUGGAACGCUCUUAUGGCAGGGUACGCCAUUAAUGGUAUGGCGGAUAAUGUUCACGAUAUGUUUCGACAAAUGGUUGAUCGAGUAGAAGAGGCACCCACACCAGAUGCUGAAACCUUUCGUGUCUACAUUGAAUCCUUACUCUAUUCUCACCGUCUUGCUGAGGCCUUAGGUUGCUUGCGGUCCAUGGACUCACACGGCAUCAAACCCAUUGCUGCUAUCUAUAAUGCCUUUUUCUUAUCACUGACACGAAAAGGAAAAGCCCGAGUCAUCAAGGAAGACCACGCAACCUCAGCUGAAAAGACUGCACAAAUCUUGGUCGAUCUCUACGACAGUAUGAAAAAAUACCAAGUUCAGCCCAACUCGAGAACCAUGCAGGGACUGAUCACUGCUUUACUUGACAAUGGAGCAACCGAUAAAGCUCUGAACAUAUUUGUUGAACUUAGUCAACAGGGAAAUCAACCAGAUGUGCCGUUCGACCUAAGCCUUCCUGUUAAGCAGUUAACGCAACUCAAAAUUUCCAAAAAGCCCACGGUAUCCAUUGUUCCAGAAACACAAUUGGUUGAGCGCCUUCAUUUACUUCUCUCGGAGCAAGAGCAGUCCCUAGAUCAAGAACAGCCGCUCCAAGAGUGGGAUAGUCGAUACGAAGAUUUCGAGCCAUCUGGCGACACUGCUGUAGACUGUGAGCAAACGCAUGUAUAUUGCCAAUGAAAUCUUUUUUUAAUAAUAAACUGUACAUAUUACAACUGCAC